AUGGGGAGCAAGGGGGUGGUGGCGCUCGCGCUGCUGCUCUGCCUGAGCAGCGCGGCCGUGGGCGCGUGGGCUCGCCCGGUCGCCACCAAGGACAAGGACGCCGCCGCUGCCGACGAGAAAUUCCUGUGGCUCAAGAAGCACUUCGGCAAGGGUGCCGGCUUGGGAGGCGGCUACGGCGGGGGAGGCGGCUACGGUGGAGGCGGUGGGUAUGGCGGAGGAGGUGGCGCUGGGCUGGGUGGCGGGAUCGGCCACGGCAUCGGCGGCGGGUUCGGAAAAGGUGGCGGCCUUGGUGGAGGGUACGGGAAAGGUGGAGGCCUUGGAGGUGGCAUCGGCCAUGGUCUUGGUGGUGGCUACGGUAAGGGUGGAGGCCUUGGUGGCGGGAUCGGCCAUGGCAUUGGCGGAGGGUACGGCAAGGGUGGUGGCCUUGGAGGAGGGAUCGGCCACGGCAUCGGUGGAGGCUACGGGAAGGGCGGCGGCCUCGGCGGAGGCAUUGGCCAUGGCGUCGGCGGUGACUAUGGAAAGGGUGGUGGCCUUGGCGGUGGAUACGGCAAGGGUGGCGGACUCGGCGGCGGCAUCGGCCACGGCAUCGGUGGAGGCUAUGGCAAAGGCGGCGGCCUUGGCGGUGGAAUUGGGCAUGGCAUGGGUGGUGGCUUUGGCAAGGGUGGUGGUCUUGGCUCCGGCGGUGGCUACGGUGGCGGCUUUGGCAAGGGUGGUGGUCUUGGCAGCGGCGGUGGAUAUGGUGGCGGCGCUGGCGGUGGCUCCGGCGGUGGUUUUGGCAAGGGAAAUGGCUUUGGGUUUGGCAACGGCGGCGGCUUCGGUGGCGGCGGCGGCGGCGGCGGCGGUGGUGGUGGCGGCAUCGGCAUCGAUGGUCACCACUGA